UCCUCCUGGCACCCCGACUACCGGUGCUGGGGUGGAUGUUCAGAGGAAAGGUUCCCUUCACCCACCAUGCCACCAGUGCUACAUGGAGCAAGUGGAUUGCUCUCAUUACGCAGCGCGCCCGUAUUGGUAAACUGAAUCACCCUGGGAUUUUGGAAGUAAUUACAAAUUGGCCUGAAGGUGAAAACUUUGGUGUCACAGAUGAAGAACAAGAACCAGUGACAUGGGCUGAAGAAGCUUCACCCUACAACCAAUUGCCAGCAGAGGAAACACGCUAUGCUCUUUUCACUGACGGUUCUUGUCGCAUCGUAGGGAUGAAUCGGAAGUGUAAAGCAGCUGUAUGGAGCCCCACACGACAGGUCGCAGAGGCCACUGAAGGAGAAGGUGGAUCAAGUCAACUUGCUGAACUCAAAGCCGUUCAACUGGCCCUAGACAUUGCAGAAAGGGAGAAGUGGCCAAAGCUCUACCUCUACACUGAUUCAUGGAUGGUAGCCAAUGCUCUGUGGGGAUGGCUGGAGAGAUGGAAAGGGGCUAACUGGCAGCAUAGAGGAAAACCAAUUUGGGCUGUUGAAGAAUGGAAAGACAUUGCUACCCGGGUAGAGAAACUACCUGUGUGUCGUGGUUUGACAUGGAAGUGAAUUUUUUUUCAGGAAGUUGGGUCAAACCAAUCAGUGGUCAGGUUUGGAUAUUGGCACCUGGAGUGACCACUGAAAGUAUGGACACGCCUCUGAGAACACAGGGGGUUAAAAGCAAGAACUCCCAAGGGAACUGUCUCUUUGGUUCCGGUCGUCAGAGAGUGCAGACUCUCCCCUGCCCAGCCAUGGGCUGGGUCAGGGAGGGGAAGCCACGCGGCCUUGUCCAGGUACCCCAUUCACACAGCAGAAGAUCCUAAUAGGGAAUGAGUGGUGUAUUUCUGGGUGAGCAUCUUAUGGAGAUUUAGUAUUAAAACUGAUUCUUAAUUAUUUCUGAAGUGAAGCAAGUUAUUUUCAGGAAAAGUCAAAAAUUCUGAGAUUUUGGAGUUUGGAGAGAUAGCAGUUGUGUUGCAGCACAGAAGCUUUACGUGACCCACAGUUCAUGUGGUUAAUAUCUGUUUUGCAGCAGGCUAGGGACACGAGUUAGGAGUUUUCAUUUGAACUGGUGUUGGCUGAGUAUACAGGAUCUUGAAAGGGGUUUCAGACACCAUAUUCUCUCAUAUCUCUGACUUCAGGCAGUUGACAAAGUUUGCCUGUCACUGUAGAAGAGAUGUCAAAACAAUCCAGUAAGAGACUGAAAUCCUAGAAUAAGCUGGAUUUUUAAAUCUAUUAUUAAAAGACAUUUGUUAUUAAAGUUACAUGACAGAGACCCAAAUAAAAUGAGUUUAAUAGGGAUUAUUUGAAUGUUUUUCUUCUUUGCUAUAUCUUUGACUGUUGCAACUCCUUGCAGUCCAGCAAAACUCAAUUGCCAUUACUAUGUUUGACAUAAUUUUAUUCACAAUAAUACACAGACUAUUGAAAAAUAUUUCAUCCAUAUCUGUUCCUUGAAUUGAGGCCAGAACACUGGGAAAAGUGGUUAUUGCUCUCUCUUUGAGAUUAGACAGCCUCUGAUCUCCCAACCCAGAACAUAAAGACUUGCAGAUAUGGAAGGAGACCUUGGUCUAAGCUGCAGCCAUCAGGACCUCCAGCAAUGAGAUUACUUCUUUUCCACCCAGCUGGAGAGUUCAGAAUGAGCCAGGUUCCUUCUCACGACUAUUCCAUAGCCCGAGGCAACAGACAAAGGGCUGAAAUGACAGGGACUUGAGCCAGAGGGCUUCAGUCACCGAUUAGCUCAUUUCACAUCAGCCAUGUGGCUUUUAGACAGAAGUCUGGAGCCAAGUAUCUCCAAAUUACCUGAAGUAAAUUGCUUCAUAGCUUGUUACUAAAAUUCCAAAAAGCCAAAGUUUUUGGCUGCUGUAUGAUAUUUAAUUAAACUCCAUGCGUCUGACAGCUUCUCUGUGUGAUAUAGCUCAUAGCAAAUGCUUAGAUGGAAGUUGAUUUCAAUUUAUGGUAAGGGAUAAAAAUCCAAAAAGUUGAAACUGUGUUGUUUU